AUGUCUGUUACAGAGUUUAGUAAAAAACAAAAAGAAAGGUCCACUCUUACUUUAGAGAAAAAGGUUGAGAUUAUUAGAAAGAAAGAUGAAAAUACAAAACUAAGCCAUCAAGAUUUGGCAAAACAAUACCAAGUUGAUAGAUCCACAAUAAGCAAUAUUUUGCGAGAUAAGAACAAAUAUUUUCAGUUAUAUGAUACUACACCUUCUCAUAUACAACAACAACUUCGUUCUCAAAAUAUUCCUGUUUCACAAGAUAUGCUUAAAACAAAAGCACUUUCAAUAUAUGAACAGUUAAAAAAUAGUGGCGUAGAAUUCCCAACUACAUUUGAGGCAUCUAAUGGCUGGGUAUAUAGAUUUCAGCGACGAUUUGAUAUUAGUUCAAAAACUAUAUCUGGAGAAAGUGCAUCGGCUGAUCAAGUUGCAAUUGAAA